GGGCUCUCCUCCCGCACUAUCUCUGUUGCAGCCAUAUGUACAGAUUCUUAAGAGACAUGAAGUCACGGAGGAGCUGCUGGUCUGUCCUGCUGUUCCUCGGUUUCUCCCACACUCUUCUCAUUGACAUUCCUCAGGAUUCAGUCAAUGGAACUGUCAGUCAUUCUGUCCUUCUGCCCGUCUCCUAUAGGCUCCAGGGGCCAUUCCCCUUUCCUCUGUCCAUUCAGUGGAAUUUCAGUAACAACCCUAAUAUACUCACCACCUACACAGUGACUAACUGCUCUGUCAGUGCUGAGGGGAUUCCCAUCUGCUGCUCUGGACAUAAUUAUACACAUCUCGCAUACCAAGGCCGGACUGUAUUUUUCCCUGAAAAUGCUUCUCUGCUCCUUCAGAACCUGCAGCUCAAUGACAGCGGAGUCUACAGCGUCACCUUCAAAGUACCACAGCAAACCAGACACAUCACAUUAAAUGUAUCUGAAUCUCACCUGAACCGUGGAAAUGCAGAGGGUGGAACAAGAAAAGAAACUAAUCAACAUCCAGACCUUCUCCUUGGACUUCAGAUCACUGGAGGCUUCAGUUUCCUCCUGCUCUUUCUGUUGCUGUUCUUCUGCUGCAGAUGGCAUAAGGGUACAAUUCAGCAGAGGAGGACAAGAAUCAUAAAGCAAAAAGAAGAGGUCCCAAACCGUGAGGAAUCUCACAUGGAAAGUUCAUUACCAAUGACGGUAUCAACAAUUUAUGCAAGGAUUGGAGAAGAUGCUGGGCAGAGGCAGCGCAGAUCAGUCACAGACUGAAUAUGCCUCUUUAAGCUUCUCUUAACAGCAGCUGUAACCCCAACGUGCACAGUUGGUUUUAGGCAUGAUCAGCACAUGCAGUUACUCUGGGAGCCACACAGUUCAAGAGCUCUGCUGUAAAUAAUCAAAUUAUCCUAUUUAAUGGGAACAGUACAUAAUGGCAAUAUUGUUUAGGUGGUUUUUCCAGACUUCCGAGCUUUUCAGAAGAGUGUAUUUUACACAUGUAAAUAGAUGAUGGAUUAAAUCCAAAGUGUCUUUGUGAACUCAGGACUCAUCUGUUUUAGGUGCAGCUUGAGGCACUGAAGCCUGUAGAUUAUCGUUAUUGACUCUUCGUACUGGGGUAGAGCCUGGAGGCCCCAGUCAGGGAUCAGGAUACCAUUGUGCCAAGCAGUGUACACACACAACCUAAAGAUGGUUCCAGCCCCAAAGCAUGUGGGACAUCUUAAGCACUAAUAUGGGUUCCACUGACAGGUACCCUGUGUGUCCCUGCUACAUUAGCUCUCUGGGUGGAUAGGAUAUAUAGUAUGUGUUGUGUUUGGAGCCACCAGGUGGUAUCCAGAAUAAGAAACUUACUGUACCUAGUUCUAGGCUCUGCUGUCAUCUAUGUGCUCUGUGAAGAUCCUAGAAUGAGCUGCUCUUUAUUCAUUCUAAAGUUAUUUUGAAAACACUGAGUGAAGAUAAAAAGAACUGGGUGAGUGGGGUGUGGAAUUGCUACUUAUCUGGGGAAGGAAGGCUCUUCCUUUUGCAACUGUUUAAAUUUUUCAUUUGGCAGGAAGCUAAUGCCCAUAAGCUCCCCGUAAUUUGGGAGCCUGGCAAUGUAACAAAGAAUUUUAGAUUAUUUUUAAAGUAAGUUUCUUUCCCUUUCACUGUGAAGAUACCCUUCGUACAUUAAACCAAUAUAACCUGAUUGCUAGUUCUGAAUAUUUGUUGUUUAUUUUUCCUGGAUUCACAACCUCUUCAUGGUUCAUUCUGUACCCAAAAAGACCUGGCUUUGGGGAUCCAUGAAAAUUGUGGCAACAGAACCCUCCAUUUUGGUUCAACCCACAUGGAAAUAUUUUGGGUUGAAAUUACCCAAAACAUUUUGGUGAGAGUCAGUUCAAAAUAAAACUGUGUUUCCCUGUUGUGGCUCAUUGUGUUAUGGGAGUCAUAGUUCGGGUGCCCAUUUUCUUCUAUGGGCUGAGCUCCCUCGUCAGGGCCAGCUCUAGGCACCAGCAUUCCAAGCCCUGUCUCUGGUCACACUACCUCUCCCUUGAGGCAACAGUCUUCCCAGUCACUGAAUGCUGUGGUGCAUCAUGGGAAUCAGAUGGCUGCAGGUAUAUCAUGGAGAUGUAGUCCAACCAGGGAAUCUGGCCCAUUAGGGAGGUUGGCGGCAUCGGGCAGCCUGAAUUACAGCUCUAAUGAAACAAUGAAGCACAAUGCACCACAAUAGG